AUGAAGCCACUGGCUAUUAUGUUUCCGGGUUUGCUCGACAAGGAUCCUAAAACACUUCAAGGCAUGCUGACUAAGGCUAUGUCUACAACAGAAGUAACAAGACAUUUAGUGAACCUUGGGCAAAAAGCUAAUUUCACCUUUAUGAAAAAAGCGGAUCGUUUAAUCCCCCCUGAUAAGCAAUGGAUGGAAAGUUUGACUGAAAACAGCAAUUCAUAUUGUUCCAUAGACUCUGGGCUACUUAGCAACUGUAUUUCAAGUGACUAUGAAGCAGAUAAUGAAAUAGCUGAUGGAAAAUGGAGUGAAAACAAAAUAAAGAAGAGAAGAAAGCACAUUGGAAGCACUAAUCAAUCCACUCCAGAAGUAUUGAGUUCCCACGACAUUGUAAGCACAGGAUACCUUUUAAAGUAA